CAGAUUCGGUUUUUUAUACUACUCAAUCGAACCAUCUAGACCUCUAUUCAGUUACACAAACAAACAUCAAAACUAACAAACUCUUGUACACACUAAUCCUUUCAUUAAUGCUUCCUUGAACGUACAGGAUCCAGCUGGCUGAGAUGGCAAUGAUCUAGUGCUCACACAACAAGCUUCAGCUCGUGCACUCUCUUUUCCAAGUGUGCAUGAGUCCAUGUCACGACUGCCACGUCCUCCAUGCACGUCAGCUCUGCUUUCUUGAUCUUUAACAUUAUCACCAACUUCAUCAUCUUUGAGCUCUAGGAUCUUGACACUUCUAACAACACCGACUAAGGACUUUUGACAACUUUCGAAACAAUCGAGGAAUAUUGAAAAUUUGUAUUCCUACUUUAGGAAAGGGAAAAGAAAAAAAUUUAGCAUUUUUUCUUUAACUUUUCCACAAAAUUGAUACGUGUAUAAAGAGGGGAAAAUGUAACGUUGCAGGAGUGGGUUCACUGCUAGCGAAGAGGCCUCAAACGAUGGCGUUUUCGAGCGACAACAACGUCGGAGAGGAUGAGUUCUCCGACGAUGGGUCGCAGAUGGGGGAGAAGAAGCGGCGGCUGAACAUGGAGCAGGUGAAAACCCUAGAGAAGAAUUUCGAGCUCGGGAACAAGCUCGAGCCUGAACGCAAAGUGCAGCUGGCUCGAGCCCUCGGGCUCCAGCCGCGCCAGAUCGCCAUCUGGUUCCAGAACAGGAGAGCCAGAUGGAAAACAAAGCAAUUGGAAAAAGAUUACGAGAUUUUGAAAAGACAAUUUGAAGCAAUUAAAGCUGAGAAUGAAGCCCUACACACGCACAAUCACAAGCUUCAUGCUCAGAUAGUGGCCUUAAAGAAGAGGGAGGCGACGGAAUCCAUCAAUCUGAACAAGGAAACGGAGGGCUCGUACAGCAACCGGAGCGAGAACAGCUCAGAGAGGAAGAUCGAGAGCCCGAUCUUAGGGGGGAGGCAGCUCUUUCCCCCGGCCGCGUCGAGGCCGGAAAUGCAGCACGCGGUUAAGGAAGAGGGGUUGUGUAAUAUGUUUGUUGGGAUGGAUGAUCAACCCGGAUUUUGGCCAUGGAUAGAGCAACACCAGUUUAAUGUAAUUAAUUAAAUCUUGAAAAUGAUUUGAUUAAAUCUGCACCCUUGGUUUGAAUUGGCCUAUGGAGAUGAAGGAAUUAAUUGGCCAAGUUUGAAUAUUUUGUUGAGAUGAUCAUCGAUUUUUUUUUUCUUCCAAAUAUCUUUGUUUUAAUUUGUUGUACAAAUUAUUAGUAAAAGUUAAUAUCGCACGGUUGCGACACUUUUCGGGUCGAA